CAAAACACUUUGUUUUUAUUAUAUCUCUUCCCUUUUUGGCUAUAAAAACAACUCCUCUCAUUUGCCUCUUCUAUCAACCAAUUCUCUUUCUCUUCCAUAUUAUUUCUUACACACUUUGGCUAUAAAGAAAGAGAAAUGAACAGGCCGGGGGAUUGGAACUGCAGAUCAUGUCAGCACUUGAACUUCCAACGGCGAGAGUGCUGUCAACGGUGUGGGGAAUUAAAAUUGGGAGCUGAAUUAGGGGUGUUUGGCGGCAGAGGAAGAGCCAUUCCGUCGUCAUACGGCGGAGUUGCUUAUUCGCCGGGAUCCGAUGUCCGGCCCGGGGAUUGGUACUGCGGUGUAGGCAAUUGUGGGACCCACAACUUUGCGAACCGGUCGACCUGCUUCAAAUGCGGUGCGUUUAAGGAUGAGUCAGCAGCAGCUGCCUGUGGAGGAGGGUUUGAUUUUGAUGUGACGUGUCGUGGUUCUAGAAGCUUUGGAUUUGGCAGUAGUAAUGGCUUACGUGGCGGGUCUUCCUGGAUGUCUGGUGAUUGGAUUUGCUCCAGGUCAGGGUGCAACGUACAUAACUUUGCAAGUAGAAUGGAAUGUUUCAGAUGCAAUGCUCCAAGAGACUUGUUCUAAAGAUUUCAAUUUCUAAUAUUUCAUCCAAAUUGUAGCUCUCUUUUAUGAUAUUACAUACUUUAUUUCCUUUCCUUUCUCAUUUUAUUUUUGUUCUAUGCUCCCAACUUGUACCCAUAAUUGAGUUGUGUAUUGCUUUA